AUGUUUUUUUUUUCUUGGCUCGUCUGUUGCGUCUGCAGACAUGCUGUGAUUCUUAGCACUGCCUUUCUUUUUUAUUACCUUUCAUUCCAACUGCAUCAUCAUUGUCUUUCCUUACGUAAUUGGAAAAGGUCAUUAUCUAUCUAUCUAUCUAUCUAUCUAUCUAUCUAUCUAUCUAUCUAUUUAUCUACCUAUCUAUCUAUGUCUGUUUCUAUCUAUCUAUCUAUCUAUCUAUCUAUCUAUCUAUCUAUGUCUGUUUCUAUCUAUCUAUCUAUCUAUCUAUCUAUCUAUGUCUGUUUCUAUCUAUCUAUCUAUCUAUCUAUCUAUGUCUGUUUCUAUCUAUCUAUCUAUCUAUCUAUCUAUCUAUCUAUGUAUGUUUCUAUCUAUCUAUCUAUCUAUCUAUCUAUCUAUCUAUCUAUCUAUCUAUGUCUGUUUCUAUCUAUCUAUCUAUCUAUCUAUGGGGAGGAUCUAUCCGCUGCCCUCACUGAAGGGCUUAUGCAGAGGGUGUCGACUCCUGGAGUUGGGAUUGCGUCAUAG